UUCCCCCCUUAUUUUGCCCAUAAUCGACUAUAAAAAAUCUCAAAAAAAAUUUUUUUUUUAAUGUUCCCAACAACCUUAUUAUUUAUUUUAUUUUGUCUAAAUUUAUUUUCUUGUGAUAUUGAGGCGGAGGAAGAAUCCUUUUACUCGUUAUUGGGAGUUGAACAAGACGCGGAUUUGUUGACGAUUCGAAAGGCUUUUAAAAGUUUAGCUUUAGAGAAACAUCCAGAUAAGAAUCCGGACGACCCAAACGCCCAUUCAAUAUUUGUGCGUAUCAACCGUGCCUAUGAAGUAUUAAAAGAUGCUGAAUUGAGAAGAAAAUAUGACCAAUUUGGCGAGAAGGGAUUGGAAGAUGGAGGUGGGGGAGAGCAACAUUAUCAAAGCUGGCAGUUCUAUAAUGAUAAUUUUGGGAUUUAUGACGAUGACCCAGAAAUUAUUACACUUGGCCGUGGCGAUUUUGAAGAGGAAGUGUUUCAAUCGGGAGAGAUUUGGUUUGUCAAUUUCUACUCGGCUUUUUGUUCUCAUUGUCACCACUUGGCCCCUGUUUGGCGUGAAUUGGCUAAACGAGUACCUGAAGGUGUGGCGAGGAUUGGGGCAGUUAAUUGUGCAGAAGAUCCGGGACUUUGUAGAAGCCAAAACGUUAUGGGUUAUCCGUCUUUGAUUGUUUAUCCACAACAGGAAUGGUUUCAAGACGAGCGCACUUUGAAUAAUCUCCUUGAUUUUCUCCUCUCUCAAUUGUCUGCUCCAAUAUUACAACCAACAGUUGAAUUGCCUAUUCAAAGACCUCUUUUGUUAGAAUUGUGUUUGAGAGAGAAUGAAUGUAUUUCUGAGGAAGACAGAAAAAAGAUUGCUGCAAUUUCUAAUCAACUUUUGAUGCCUUUUGCUGUGUUGGACUGUUCUGAAUCUGCCAAAGAAAUUUGUAAAAAUAUUGGGGCUGAGGAAGGAAUGUUUUUGUUAAGUGGAGGGGAAGAUGAAAAGCCUAAGGAGUUAUAUUUUGCUGACUUGACAGAUUUGCGUAACCAAUUAUUAUCAGAAUUACCAGAAUUGGAAGAAUAUACAUAUUCAGAAUUGCAACAAAAAAUAAAUUUGAAUAAAUUAGAAGAAGAAGAACAAAUUUUAUUAAUAUUUUUAAAUUCAAAAGAGGAAUUUCAAAAAGAAUGGAAACGUUUAUUAAUUUUAUUCCCAGAAUUGCAAGUUAAAUUAAUUGUUUGUGAGGGAGAAAUUGGUCAACAUUUGUGUAAUACAUUGAAUUUGGGGAAAUUACCUAAAGUAGCACUAUUUAGAAUUGAGGGAGGAUAUGAUUUAAAUUAUGUUCCUAUCAGAGGUGGGUCAGAUUUCCAAUUUCCAACGUUUUUUUCCUUUCGAUUUCCGAAAAAAAUUUUUUGAUUUCCGAGUUCCGACUCUUGAGCCGGUUCCGAUUUCCGACACCUCUGACUGUUCCGACCCACCUCUGGUUCCUACUAAAAUUGAUUCUUCCUAACAAUAAGUCAGUUCCAGAUUCUUAGAAUAACUAAAACCAGAUCGGAUCCUGCAGACACGCACAGCACGGCAACUCCCAAACCAUAUCAAUUUUAUGCCAAAUUUUUUUAUUAAUUCGGUCUGGAAAUCAUCUAGAGAUAGCGAA